CAAAUGGAGGAACAUAGUUUUUCCGCGGUACUUGAAAUCCCUGGGUAUUGUCCUUCCUGCCAGAGCCUCUGUUCUCUGCCCUUUUCUCGCCUAUGGUAAAAAAGCCACUAAUCUGGUUGCUCUCCCUAACAAAUUCCUCUUGUCACCAGGGGCAGUCCCUGACAGGAAAAGCCCCAGGACUCGGGGAGGGAGAGAGCUAGAGGCUGCUGGAGAAGAGGGUGCUGCCACCCGCCGCCUCUGGAGCUCACUGCAGCGAGGACAGCCAGCCCAGCACAGGGCGCCGUCAGCCACCGGGCGAGCCCUGCCCGGUCCUGCGGUGGCAGCAGGCAGGAUCAGGGGAGGCAUCAUGUUGCCAGGCUGCCCACACCUCUGGGUCCUGCUGGUCCUGGGCACCAGCUGGGCAGGCUGGGGGAGCCAAGGGACGGAAGCAGCACGGAUAAGGCAGUUCUACGUGGCUGCGCAGGCCAUCAGCUGGAGCUACCGCCCCGAGCUCACAAACCUAAGUUUGAAUACUUCUGGAACCUCCUUUAAGAAAAUUGUCUACAGAGAGUAUGAAGCAUAUUUUAAGAAAGAAAAACCACAAUCUAGCAUUUCAGGACUUCUUGGGCCUACUUUAUAUGCUGAAGUUGGAGACAUCAUGAAAGUUCACUUUAAGAACAAGGCAGACAAACCCUUAAGCAUCCAUCCUCAAGGAAUUAAGUACAGCAAAUUCUCAGAAGGUGCUUCCUACCCUGACCACACAUUCCCUGUGGAGAAAAUGGAUGAUGCUGUAGCUCCAGGCCAAGAAUACACCUAUGAGUGGACGAUCAGUGAGGACAGUGGGCCCACACACGAUGACCCUCCAUGCCUCACACACAUCUAUUAUUCCUACGAUGAUCUGAUACAGGACUUCAACUCUGGGCUUAUUGGACCUCUGCUUAUCUGUAAGAAAGGUACCCUCGCUGAAGAUGGGACUCAGAAGCUGUUUGACAGACAACAUGUGCUGCUGUUUGCUGUGUUUGAUGAAAGCAAGAGCUGGAGCCAGUCAUCAUCCCUAAUGUACACAGUCAAUGGCUAUGUGAACGGGACAAUGCCAGAUAUAACGGUUUGUGCCCAUGACCACAUCAGCUGGCAUCUGAUUGGGAUGAGCUCUGGCCCAGAAUUGUUUUCCAUUCAUUUCAAUGGCCAGGUCCUGGAGCAGAACCACCACAAGCUUUCAGCUAUCACCCUUGUUAGUGCUACAUCCACCACGGCAAAUAUGACUGUGAGCUCAGAAGGAAGGUGGAUCAUAUCUUCUUUCAUCCCUAAACAUUUCCAAGCUGGAAUGCAAGCUUACCUUGACAUUAAAAACUGCCCAAAGAAAACCAGGAGUCCCAAGAAACUAACUCGUGACCAGAGACGGCACAUUAAGAGGUGGGAAUACUUCAUUGCUGCAGAGGAAGUCAUCUGGGACUAUGCACCUAUAAUACCAGCAAACAUGGACAAAAAAUACAGGUCUUUGCACUUGGAUAAUUUCUCAAACCAAAUUGGAAAACAUUAUAAGAAAGUUGUUUACAAGCAGUACCAAGAUGAGAACUUCACCAAACGCAUGGACAAUCCCAAUAUCAAAGAAGAUGGGAUCUUGGGUCCUAUUAUUAGAGCCCAAGUCAGAGACACACUCAAAAUUGUAUUCAAAAACUCAGCCAGCCGCCCCUAUAGCAUUUACCCCCAUGGAGUGACCCUGUCCCCUUAUGAAGUUGAAGUCAACUCUUCUUCCUCCAGCUCAGGCAAUAAAACUGUGACCAGAGCAGUUCAACCAGGGGAAACCUAUAUUUAUAAAUGGAACAUCCUAGAGUUUGAUGAGCCCACAGAAAAUGAUGCUCAGUGUUUAACAAGACCAUACUACAGUGACGUGGACAUCACAAGGGACAUUGCCUCUGGACUUAUAGGGCUACUUCUAAUUUGUAAGAGCAGAUCCCUGGACAAGCGAGGCAUACAGAGAGCUGCUGACAUUGAGCAGCAGGCUGUGUUUGCUGUGUUCGAUGAGAACAAGAGCUGGUACCUUGAAGACAACAUCAACAAGUUCUGUGAAAAUCCAGAUGAGGUGAAACGUGAUGACCCCAAGUUUUAUGCUUCAAACAUCAUGAGUACUAUCAAUGGUUAUGUGCCUGAGAGCAUACCCAUUCUAGGGUUCUGCUUUGAUGACACUGUCCAAUGGCACUUCUGCAGUGUGGGGAAUCAGGAUGACAUUUUGACCAUUCACUUUACUGGGCACUCCUUCAUCUAUGGAAAGAGACAUGAGGACACCCUGACCCUCUUCCCCAUGCGUGGAGAAUCUGUGACCGUCACAAUGGACAAUGUUGGAACUUGGAUGUUAACUACCGUAAAUUCUGGUCCAAGAAGCAAAAACCUAAGGCUGAGAUUCAGAGAUGUUAAAUGUAACCGGGAUGAUGAUGACGACUCAUAUGAGAUUUACCAACCUCCAACAUCUAGUCCCAUAGAUACACGGAAAAUGCGUGAUUCUUCAGAAAACAGAGAUGAGGAGUAUGAUGCUGAGUAUGAUUACCAGAAUUCACUGGCUUCCUCGUUAGGAAUUAGGUCAUUCAGAAAUUCAUCCCUGAACCAGGAGGAAGAGGAGCUCAAUCUUACUGCCCUAGCCCUGGAGGGCAGCUCUGAAGUCAUUUCUGCAAGCACAGGUGCAGCUCUUGGUUCAAAUUCUUCUUCUCCAAGGAACAUCAGUAGGCUCAUGGUGGAUAACCUCACAGGACCUCAGAAAACCUUUCCUCACUCAGGAAGCGCUGGAGCUGGGUCCCCCCUGAGACACCACGGUGGCUUAGACAAUGACUCAGUUCUCAACUCUUCCACCAAAGAGAGUAGCCCUUAUUCAGAAGACCCUAUAGAAGAUCCUUCACAGUCGGAUAUCACAGGGAUACACUUACUUCCACUUGAGGCAGAACAAUCCAGAAGUCAAGAACAUGCUGAACACAAGGGAUCCAAGGUGCAAAGAGACAGAGCAGCAAAGCACAUGUUCUCCUGGAUGGAGUUACCAACACAUAAACUUGAGAAACAUUCAAACCAAAAUAAUGCUUCUCCUUCCAGAAUGGAGCCCUGGGAGAACAUUCCUAGUGCUCUGUUACUCUUAAAACAAAAGGACCCAUCUAAGAUUUUGAAUGGGAAGUGGCAUGUGGCUUCUGAGAAAGGCAAUUAUGAAAUAAUCCAAGAUGCUGAUGAAGACGUGGCUCCUAAAAAAAUGCUAAAUGGCUCCCAGGGUGCCUCGAGGGCUUGGGAAGAACACACCCCCUUUACAAACAAACCUAGAAAGCACAGUGGCCACACAUUUCCUGGGUUCAAACAUACGUCUCUACGAGCAGAGCAGGGUGGAGGAAAUAGGAGACCGAAGAAAAGCCCGUUUUCCAUCAAGACACGAAAAAAGAAAAAGGAAGAGAAACUUGUACACUAUGUUCCUCUGUCUCCCAGGAGCUUUCGCCCUCUGACAGGAGAGACAGACACGAGACUUGAACACUCAUUGUUUCCUCAUAAGUACAAAGACACAUCUCUCCCCACAGACCUCAAUCAGACAUCCCCUUCUGUGAAUGUUGACAUGAUUGCCUCACUUCUUGACCAUAAUCAGAACCCCCCAAAUGGCCCUGGCCAGACAAGUUCUCCUCCAGAUCUUUAUCAGAUGGUGUCCCCAGAGGAACACCAUCAAACAUUCCCUACUCAAAACCCUGAUCAAAUGUACUUGACUACAGUCCCCAGUCACAGGUCCUCUCCUCUACAGCUCACACAGAUGCCUCACUAUGACAUAAGUUUUGAGUCCUUCCCUACUGAAAGUAAUCAAAUGUCCCCUUCCUUGGAACGUGAAAUAGGGCAGACAACUAUCUCUCCAGAUCUUAGCCAAUCAGCCUCCUCCCUAGACAUAGGCCAGGUGCCCCUUUCUCCUGACCUUGACCAAGGGACUUCCUUCCCAGACCUCAGCCAGAUGCCCCUUUCUCCUGACCUUGACCAAGGGACUUCCUUCCCAGACCUCGGCCAGAUGCCCCUUUCUCCUGACCUUGACCAAGGGACUUCCUUCCCAGACCUCAGCCAGAUGCCCCCUUCCCCCGACCUUGACCAAGGGACUUCCUUCCCAGACCUCAACCAGAUGCCCCCUUCCCCCAACCUUGACCAAGAGACCUCCUCUCCAGACCUCGGCCAGAUGCCCUCCUCCCCAGACCUUGGCCAGAUGCCCCUUUCCCCCGACCUUGACCAAGGGACCUCCUUCCCAGACCUCGGCCAGAUGCCCCUUUCCCCCGACCUUGACCAAGGGACCUUCUUCCCAGACCUUGGCCAGGUGACUCUCUCUCCAAACAUCAGUCCAACAAUCCUUUCUACACCAUCAUCUCUUCCAGAUAUUGAUCAGACAUCCUACCCUUCUGAGUCUGGUCAGCCAUUGCCUUUUCCAGAAUCUGGUCAGACUGUUGUUUAUCCAGACCUUAGUCACAUGCCAUCUCCUUCAUCUGCUCCUAUACUCAAUGAUACUUUUAAAGAAGUUAAUCCACUGGUUGUAGUGGGUGUCAGUGGAGAUGAUGGAGAUUACAUUGAGAUUAUUCCAAGGCAGGAGGUCCAGAGCGAAGAAGAUGACUCCUCUGAAAUUGAUUAUGUAUCUUAUGAUGAUCCUUACAAAACUGAUCUUAGGACAGAUAUCAACUCCUCCAGAAAUCCUGACAGCAUUGCAGCAUGGUAUCUCCUCCGCAGCAACAAUGGAAACAGGAGAAAUUAUUACAUUGCUGCUGAAGAAAUAUCUUGGGAUUAUUCAAAAUUUGCACAAAGAUAUGGUGAUGACAUGCAUAAUGAAGAUGCUGAUGAUAUUCCAAAGGCCACUGUGUACAAAAAAGUCGUUUUUCGAAAGUACCUAGAUAGCACUUUUACCAGACGCGAUCCUCAAGGGGAGAAUGAAGACCAUCUUGGCAUUCUUGGCCCUGUCAUCAGAGCUGAAGUGGAUGAUGUUAUCCAAGUUCGUUUCAAAAAUUUAGCAUCCAGACCAUAUUCUCUUCAUGCCCAUGGUCUUUCCUAUGAAAAAUCCUCGGAGGGAAAAACCUAUGAAGAUGACUCUCCUGAGUGGUUUCAGGAAGAUAAUGCUAUUCAGCCAAACUGCAGUUAUACGUACGUAUGGCACGCCACGCAGCGAUCAGGGCCGGAGAGCCCUGGCUCGGCUUGUCGGGCCUGGACCUACUACUCAGCUGUGAACUCGGAAAAAGACAUCCACUCAGGCUUGAUAGGGCCCCUUCUGGUCUGCCGAAAAGGAACACUUCAUAAGGCGAGCAACAUGCCCGUGGACAGGAGGGAAUUUAUCUUACUCUUUAUGGUCUUUAAUGAAAAGAAGAGCUGGUACUAUGAGAAGAAGUCCAAAACGUCUUGGAGACCCAGCUCAGAAGUCAAAAACCCCUAUGAGUUUCAUGCCAUUAAUGGGAUGAUCUACAGCUUGCCUGGCCUGAGAAUGUACGAGCAAGAGUGGGUGAGGUUACACUUGCUGAACAUGGGUGGCUCCAAAGACAUACACGUGGUUCACUUUCAUGGGCAGACCUUACUGGAAAAUGGCACUCAACAGCACCAGUUAGGAGUCUGGCCCCUUCUGCCAGGUUCAUUUAACACUGUUGAAAUGAAGGCAUCAAAACCUGGCUGGUGGCUCCUAGACACAGAGGUUGGAGAAAACCAGAGAUUGGGGAUGCAAACGCCAUUUCUCAUCAUAGACAAAGAAUGUAAACAGCCGUUGGGACUAAGCACUGGUGCCAUAGCUGAUUCACAGAUCAAAGCCUCUGAGUAUUUGGGUUAUUGGGAACCCAGAUUAGCAAGAUUAAAUAAUGGUGGAUCAUAUAAUGCUUGGAGUAUAGAAAAAACUACAGUAGAAUCUGCCUGGAAAACUUGGAUACAAGUGGACAUGCAAAGGGAAGUUGUAAUUACAGGAAUCCAGACCCAAGGUGCCAAACACUAUCUGAAGUCCUGCUAUAUUACUGAGUUCUGUGUGGCUUACAGUUCUGACCAGACCAACUGGAAGAUCUUCAAAGGCAACAGCACCCGGAAUGUGAUGUAUUUCAAUGGCAACUCAGAUGCAUCCACAACAAAAGAGAAUCUGUUUGACCCGCCUAUUGUGGCAAGGUACAUCAGGAUCUCUCCAAUUAGGUCCUACAACAGACCUGCCCUUCGAAUGGAGCUGCUAGGUUGUGAGGUUAAUGGAUGCUCCGCACCCCUGGGAAUGGAAAGUGGAAAGAUAGAGAACAAGCAAAUCACAGCUUCCUCGUUUAAAAAAUCUUGGUGGGGAGAUUACUGGGAACCCUCUCUUGCCCGUCUCAAUGCCCAGGGCCGUGUGAAUGCCUGGCAAGCCAAGGCAAACAACAACAUACAGUGGUUGCAAAUCGAUCUGCUCAAAAUCAAGAAGAUAACCGCGAUAGCCACACAGGGCUGCAAGUCUCUGUCCUCUGAGAUGUUUGUCAGGAGCUACACCAUUCACUACAGUGACAAGGGAGUAGACUGGAAAGCUUACAGGCAGAAAUCCUCCACGGCGGACAAGAUUUUUGAAGGAAACAGCAAUACCAAAGGACAAGUGAAGAAUUUUUUCAACCCACCAAUCAUUUCCAGGUUUAUCCGUAUCAUUCCUAAAACAUGGAAUCAAAGUAUCGCACUUCGCCUGGAACUCUUUGGCUGUGAUGUUUACUAGAAUUGAAUAUUCAAAAGGAAGAGUCUCUUUAAGACCUGCAACCAUUUAGAGUGGGCAAUGUACUUUACAGCUAUUUUAAAUGUUAACAAAUUUUCCACUAUUUCUCUUUUUUCUAUUAGAGAAUAAAAUUUUAUAUAGAAAUGUUAUAACUCCUUGCCAUCGUUAAGCGAGAUGGCAGCUAUUAUAUCUGCAUUAAUUUGAAUAUAGAUGGGAAAAUAAAGAGCCAAUAAGAAAAUGACUUUUCUUUCACAAUGUUUAAAAAUGCUAUAUAAAAUAAUAUUCAUGGAGUUACCAUGCUUUAUUAUAGCUCUUUAAAAUCCUAUAUAUGUUAAUAAAAAUAGCUAUUUCUUUUUAAAAACCA